AUGUUCAGCAAUACUCCUGAAGCUACGUGUAUUCUAGUCCGGAGGCUGAUCGAAGCUGGCCUGGUGUAUCCCGCAUCGGAGCGGGAGAUGACGUACCGGGCGGUUCGGGACACACUUUGGCGAGACACCAGCCAAUUGAUCACGAUGACAUCUCUGUCGGUCUCGCUCGCGCGGCUCGAGAUUAGCCCUCGUGGUGCCUGA